CUGCAACUCAUUCAUAUCUGACCUGUGUCCCGUUGCGCCUGAUAAUGUCCUACUGUCAGCAUCGAUCGACCACUGUCUUCUUUUCUGAUCGUGAUGUUCAGAAACCUGUGUUACUCGGAGAGUUUUGGAUAAUUCCACGUUUAUUUAUACACGUCAUUAUUUGAACUUCCCUCGAUAAAUAUGCCCCCAAGAUACGACGAAGCGCCUGAGUUGAUUCCUCAGAAUUUUCCCGAGGUUCAUCACCCACCUGCAGUCCCGGAAGUUGCUACUACAUAUGGGCAGCCUACGCCGGCAACUCUCAAUAUAAAGCCCGAAGAGUCAACCAAUUCGUCAUUAGGAUAUACAGGUUUUGCGCCGGUUGAAAAUCCGCCACCUUCGACGUAUACGUAUGAUUACCAAACUGGAUAUGGCCCUACGAUACCAUCAGAGCACGGGAAAGCACCGCAACGAAUACUAGGAUGUUCAGCACUAGUCUUCAUCCUAUCCAUUAUUAUCGCUCUUCUAUCGACAGCCGUUAUAGGCUUGGCGGCGGGAACAGGCGUUGAAGCAAGCCGGGCAAACGACGCUGAGGCGCGUUUGGCCGCGCUUGGUGCUUCGCCGGCGACAGUUACUGUGACAGCACCAGCGCCAACAUCAACCAACCCUAGCACGAUUGAUAGAGGAUGUUCUACCAACUCAGGCGGGGUAACAGGGACGACAUACGAAUCUCAAUACUUUAACAAUCCUACCUUCAAGAUAUAUUGUAACAGUGACGCUCCAAAUGAUCCGCUCAUCUCUCUUUUCGUAGGCAAUUUUGACGACUGCAUUGACGCCUGCGCUUCUUACUCUUUCUAUGUGCCGUCAGAUUUCGUCAGUAAUUCCACGUUAAGAAACGCCACCUGUUCCGCGGUCAGCUUUAUUCCUGCCUGGACCAACCGCACAUUCGCUCUCGACGGAGAUGCGCCGGGCAAUUGUUAUCUCAAGCCCGGGCCUCAGAAUCAGACAGCAUUGAAUAAUCCCAACAUAGGGGGCUCUGCAGUGCAUGCAGCGAUUUUAGAUACAAAAUCUUGAUGGCGAUACAUCUAUCAUCGAUCUACUGUUUACUAUUAUUGCAUUGGGUUUUUGGCAUGAGGCGACGAGGCUCGCAGUUUACAUGAUACCAUAGCGCAGGAGUUGGGUGUUCACAUAGAGGCUUUCUAAUCCAUAGGUAUAUAUUUAGCGCAUCGUCCUACGUGGCUGUUGGGGUGGAAUUCUAGUUUCUAAGCUCUACGUUGAGUUCUAGGGGUCAUUGGCGUUUUUAAAUUACGAUAGGCAUUCGAGUCGCGAUAGUGAAAAGAUCAAGGCAUAUCAAGGCGUAUUGUACGUGUAGGUAGAAUUUUCACCUCAGCUAUGACGAAAACUCUUGCAGAAGCUCCCAACAUCCUUCGACUUCUUCUGCAAGCAAUACUCCGUCACUGCAACCGCCUGAUCACUUCCUCUGGGGCGAUGCUGACUGAUGUUGAGGUGUAAGCUGAUUCAGCCAGCAAGGCCAGCUCGGGAAACUACGUAAAAAGUAGAUCACCUCCUGUCUCAGGAUACCGUGUCAGGUAGGUAGACACGCAGAUUUGUUACAUACGGUCCCGAAAGAUUUAACCGAAGACUGUCAAUUGCGUUCCAUAUACAAUGCGUGUCUAAAUUUGAGC